AUGGAUCUGAUUCCACCGUCCUACAAGUCCGCAACAGACCGAGAUGCGUGGGCUAUCAUCGCCCGUUACAUUCCCUCGAGCGACCUGUGCGCCACCUCUCUCGUCUGCCAUCGAUGGCACGACCUAUUCAUGCCCUUUCUAUGGGGCGACCCAGCUUCACAUUUCGGCACCGAUAAUGAUGCCGUCUAUGUCGCCCUGACGCGGUUUCGCAGAACCCUUAAAUAUUCGCGACAAGAAGUACGGGCAUUGACCCAUACCUUGCAUCUCCCGCCAGCGCUUUCGGAGAUUUAUGGCGGCCCGCGACCCGGCUGGCUGAGAGAUAUCCUUGAGUACUUGCCGUGCCUGCAGUGCUUGAUGGUGUCAAGGCUACCCUUCUUUGACCACAAUGCUAUGGCUGCAUUGAGGCAGGAAACUCAAUCCAGCCAGUAUAAUGUCCGUCUUCUAUUGGCAGACCAUGAACCCAACACAACCUCGGCGGGCCUGGCAGAGACUCUGCUUCGCUUCCCCUUAUUGACCUAUCUGGACCUCUCCUAUACCAAAUCCGCCCGAGACCGAAGUGUGCUCUCGUCCCUGUCACAGCUUGAACACCUUCAAGUACUGAAGCUGCGUGACAUUGGGUUGCGAGACAACGAUGCCGAAUUUCUGGCAAAUGCCAUUGUAAUUCGAGUACGUUACUUGGACCUGCGGAACAAUAACCUGACCGACAUGGCAGUGCGAUCCUUGUUACAGGCUUCCUUUAUCACAAAGAGCCACCCGGAAAUCCCACGUACAAGGCGUACUGGCAGCUCCCCGGAUCCAGUUUCCCAAGCAGCCGCCCGCCAUAGCUCCAACUCGGAUCUUUUACAGUCCCCCCAGCUGGAUGAGCAUUUCAUUAAGAUACUAGCCCAGCCAGCCUCAAAUCAUUCCUGGACCGAAGAUUUACCACACUCUGGCAUCACCCAUCUCUAUAUCGCCAACAACCAGAUCACAGUGGAAGGAGUGGCAGGUCUUCUGGCUUCAUCACGCCUCCAUGCCCUGGAUGCUGGAACCGUCAACACGGUAGAUAUGAUUCACAAGACAGCAUCAAAACACGGCAGAUAUCCCGGGGCGGAGAAGCUGGUGCCUAUUCUGGGGAAUGUGGCCGGCGAGAAACUUGCAUAUCUCAGAGCCCACCAUGCAGUUCUCACCGCAGAACCUCCAUCGAAGGACGUAGCUUCCAGUGUCGACUUUCUCCCAGAACUGCCAGCGAGCAAUGAAGUACCCAGAGAAGCUGAGUUGGAUGCUUCCGAUGAGGCCCGAGUGCACGAACUACCAUCAGAGAAUAUACCGGUGUUUGAACUUGCAGAUACUUCUAUAACAGACACCAAAACUUCGUUCACGGUUACCACUCCCACUCCAUGCCCGUCAAACCCAUACGAAGAUGAGCCUCUGCCUGCAGUGAGACGGGGUUCUGCAUUCGCUCCAGAAGUAAUCCCUAGUCAUGAGUGUGACCCACACUCUCCGGUAUUUACCAUCAAUGGAUCCAUCCCCUCACAUACGUGGCCUAGUGAGAAUGAAGCUACUCUGCAGUCAAUUUCUAACUCAUCUUCAUUCAACGAUAUCUUGGGCGCAGCUAUCUCGCAAUGCAACUCGCCCAUAUCCAUAGAUGAUGCGCGUGCUCAGAAAAUCCAGGAACUACUGUCGAAACGCCCGAGAAACCAAUCCAUUCCGCGCCGCGCUGGCAAAGAAAUUUGCUUUCCUUACUUGCAUCCUUCUCAUAUUCCGCAUCUCGAGACUCUAGUGCUGACAGAUGUCCCUUCACACAUUCCACCGAACUCACCGAUUCUUCACACCCUCACACGAUUCCUGACGGCCUGCUCGAAUGAAGCUUUACUUGCAACACUCCAGGCCGGAUCGGACUAUUCCCUCCCACCCGGCCAGGCCCGCAUGCGCGCCGAACACCAGCGCUCUCGAAGCCUCUUCGGUCUGCGACGAAUUAUCCUCGAAGUCACACCUAUUGAUAGGUCCGCUAGACUAACGUCUUGGAAACCAAGCCUCCAAACGUCAAGCACAGGAGACCGAGACUCGGAGGCCCUCUGGGCGGCAGCUGCAGACGACUACAGCUUCUUCGGAGAAGAAGAAUGCGGUGUGCCCGAGAACGACCCGGGCAAAUAUUUUCCUAUGGCAGUUCUCAAUGAGAAAGUCUCGCUGAUGCCAUCUGACGAUGACGCUUCAACACAUUCCGGCGGAGAGUCGCCUCUCCCAGGCCGCGACUUCUCCCGGCGCAGCGUGACAUCCGCAGCACGCGGCACGCCAAGUCCAUCGCGGACAGCUGCAGACAGUCAGCCGCAACGAAUGCUGCAAGAGGUCGACCUGGUCGCCGAGCUGGCUGCCUUCCGCCGCUCCAAGAAAGCCGAGUACGAGCAGGUCGUGCGGCGGGAGAGAAAGCGGCGCAGUACCAACGGCAGCGGGAUAUCCCACGCGUUUACCGCCACGACGCCGCAGCUGUCGAUGGCGCACUUUGUCGAGGGCCAUUGGAAGGGCGAGGUCAAGAUUGUGCGGAACCCAACGCCCAAUGCCCGCAGCGGCAUGGUGGAUAUGUACGGUAACUAUUUCGAGAAGGGCUAUUUGUAUCCGUAA